CGCUUCCGGCGGAGCCCGGGGCCGCGGUGGUGGAGGGGACAUUCGGGGAUCCUGCUGGGCAGAGAUGUUCUACCAUAUCUCCCUGGAGCAUGAGAUCCUGCUGCACCCUCGCUACUUCGGCCCUAACCUGCUCAACACGGUCAAACAGAAGCUCUUCACCGAGGUCGAGGGCACCUGCACCGGCAAGUAUGGCUUUGUCAUUGCUGUCACCACCAUAGACAACAUUGGUGCGGGCGUGAUCCAGCCCGGCAGAGGCUUUGUGCUGUAUCCUGUGAAGUACAAGGCCAUCGUGUUCCGGCCGUUUAAAGGCGAGGUUGUGGAUGCGGUUGUCACUCAGGUGAACAAGGUUGGCCUCUUCACAGAGAUCGGCCCCAUGUCGUGCUUCAUCUCGCGACAUUCCAUCCCAUCAGAGAUGGAAUUUGAUCCGAACUCCAACCCCCCGUGUUACAAGACGAUGGAUGAGGACAUUGUGAUCCAACAGGACGAUGAGAUCCGCUUGAAGAUCGUAGGCACUCGUGUGGACAAGAAUGACAUUUUUGCUAUUGGCUCCCUGAUGGAUGAUUACCUGGGGCUGGUGAGCUGAACCCAGGAGCCUGCUGCCUUCCGUGGUCCCAGUUUGAAGACGUGUGACUCAUCGCAAGUGCCCUCAUGCGCAGAGCCCCUGUCUGGCGCUGCUGGAGAGGCAGGGAGCUUCCUUGUCAUCGGAAGACAUCCGGUGCUUCUUCUAGCUUAGCUGCUGCUCCAACUCAGUUGUGUCCUAACCAUAAAGAUGGCAUUUUCUCUUGGAA